AUGUUAAAGCCUCAAUCUGUCAACGAAGAAACACCUCUAAUGCCUGCAAUGGCAACAGAUCAAACAAGUUCCAUUGUAGAUACCACAUUUGGUAAUGCCAAGAGAUCUGCCAAGAAGGUGUCGCCUUGGUACGUCAUUGGCGCUCUAUUCGGGUUGACAUUUUCAUAUGGUGCACUGUACGCGCCCAUGAUUCAAUUCUACACUACUGUUUUCUGCUAUAGAUACUAUCAACAGCAAUCAGGCACAACUGAUGUUAAUAUUCCGCUGGAGGAUUGCGCUAUUCCACAGGUACAAGCCAUUGUUUCUGAGGCGAGCGCUAUUAUUGUGCUGCUAACUUAUACUACAACAUUACUGGUUGCUAGUUACUACGGCAACCUGUCAGAUAGAAAAGGUAGACGUUUUGUCAUGAUUUCUGCGACGCUUGGUAGCUUGGUAGAGAUUGCCUUGUUUGUGAUUACUCUGAAAUACCCCCAAAUCUUUGGAAUUACAUUACUUUUCAUUGCACCCAUUUUAAGAAGCCUUUUGGCAGGAGACACUAUUCUGGUAGCUGCUAUUCAAGCUUAUAUUUCAGAUUGCACAUCUGCUGCAGAAAGGACAGUGGCAUUCGGAAAUAUGUUAGCAAUUAUCUAUUUAGGUUCCUCUAUUGGCCCAACCGUUGGUUCUUACUUGCUCAACAAGACAAAUUCAAUCAAUAGCAUAUUCUAUAUGGUGUUCAUCAUUCAAAUGUGCCUUGGUCUGUACAUUUGGCUCAUCGUACCAGAAUCAAAUGUUAUUAUCAGCCAUGACGCACCUACAGGAAAAAAAGACAAGACCUUCUUGCAACGAAUCAACUUGUUCUCUGCUCUCCGAGUUCUGUACAGAGGCUCAUCUGAGCAUGCCUCUCCAUACGCACUUGUUCUUGUAGCAGGAAUUCAGUUUCUUCUUUUUAUUGUUGCCUUGCCUCCUAUCCUUUUGUAUACCAUGCUGCAAUUUGGCUGGACAGCUUAUGAAGGUGGUCUUUUCGUAAGCUUAGCCUCCAUUUCCAGAGUGAUUGUCAUGUUGGCAUUGCUACCCCUGCUCGCAAAGGUUUUUCACAAGAACAAACCUUCAUCAACACCAAAACCACCAGCCGCCAAGUCUGUUUCAUCGUCUUCGUUUGCCUCCACCGCAACUAUGGAGACUCGUAGCAAGGAAGAAAUCAAACAAGAUGUCAUGUUUGAUGUCUGGAUGAUUCGUACUGGCUUAUCUGUCGAGACGGUAUGCUUUAUUUUAUUUGGCUUGGUAAGCACAUCUGCUGGAUUUUCCGUCACUGUUGCUGUUCAGAGUUUGGCAAUGCUCGCUGGUCCUUCUCUUCGCAGUCUGUCAACAUCCUUGGUGGCUCCUUCCGAAAUUGGCGAAUUACUUGGCGCCAUGGCAGUCUUGGAGGCUUGUGGUUUGAUUAUCUCUCAACUGACAAUUAAUACUAUCUAUAGUGCUUCGGUAGGAAUAAUGCCUAAUCUCAUCUUUUUUGUCUGUGCUACUAUUUGUGGCCUUGCAUUGGCCUUUUCUUUCUUUGUGCAUCCAUCAAAAUCCUUAGAAAAAACGAAUGCUGAUGCUGAAGAAGCUUGUUAG